CUAUUUCUUUCAUCAGUUUAUCAGACAUGAGCUAAAGACACUUUACAUAUAUGAAGGAAGACACUAAAGAUAAAAUAACAUCAUAAGAGUCAGGUUUCUUCAGUUGUGGCUUUCUGAGGUCCCCCCCUCGGUUAAAAGUUAUUCCCCUCUCUAGUUGAGGGAUUAGGGCAGAGGAUGCCACACCUUAUCAAGCCCUUUGAAACAAAUUGGCUACGUAAAGAACAUUGAAUUGAUUGAUCGGACACAGUGAUGCCGCUUCUAAACUCAUCUUUCAAUCAAAAGUCCUCACUGCCCUCACAUGAUGGGAUGGUGUCUCGUGUCUUCGAGGACACAGACAGAGUAUGGCAGGUUGCAUUAUGGGGCCUGGUGGCUGCCUCAUGUAAACUAAUCAAGUCAUCCUUCACCUCUCUGCUCGGAUGUGACGCAGUGGUUUCCGCCUGCCUGUGGAAAGAAGGAGGGGGGGGGGAGAUGCUGAGCUGGGAUGCUGAUGCUGUGGGUACCACUUUAACGCGAUGGAUGCAGACCACGCCCUUUCCCGACCCGCCGACAGAGGGCGCUGUGGCGAGCUGAGCAUCAUCCUCAUCAUCUUCAUCAGCAGCUUCACCCCCCUGUCCUUCCAGCAGCGUCUCACCUUCAACCGGACACACGCACGUCCACCGCCGCGCCCGCAAAACACACGGAGGAUAAAUACCGAUCGUCCCACAGAGGAGCACGAGCAGCACCAGAGUCGGUGGUCGUAAUGAUGUAGCGGAUCGUUUUACGGUUUGACUUCAACAUUUAGAGCGUCCGCCUCACUGCGACACGGAGACACCGUCCAGCUGCGCACCAAUAAAUCUGCACCUCACCCGAAACCAUCCGGCCCGUCCUCCGGCCUCCUCUGCACCAAGAAGGUCCGAGAGUCUGCGCAUCGCUCUCCCGCAGGCUCCGCAUCCCGCUCCCGCAGCCUCUCUCCUCCUCCUCAGCAGCAGAACGCAGCAUCCUCCACCAGCUCAGUCUGCGCCAUGGCCGACAUCCCAGCGGAGUGCAACAUAAAAGUGCUGUGUCGCUUUCGCCCCCUGAACCAGUCGGAGAUUAACCGCGGGGACCUGUUUCUGCCCAAAUUUCAGGGCGAUGACACCGUCGCCGUCGGGGGGAGGUCCUACGUCUUUGACCGCGUGUUUCCAACCAACACCACCCAGGAGCAGGUGUACAACACCUGUGCCAAGCAGAUUGUCAAGGAUGUGCUGGGUGGCUACAAUGGCACUAUCUUCGCAUAUGGACAAACCUCCUCCGGGAAGACUCACACCAUGGAGGGCAAGCUCCACGACCCUCACCAGAUGGGUAUUAUUCCUCGCAUUGCUGAGGACAUUUUCAACCACAUCUUUGCUAUGGAUGAAAACCUUGAAUUCCACAUCAAGGUUUCCUACUUUGAAAUCUACAUGGACAAAAUCCGUGACCUGCUGGAUGUGACAAAGACCAACCUGUCUGUCCAUGAGGAUAAGAAUAGGGUGCCCUAUGUGAAGGGAUGCACUGAGCGUUUCGUCUCCAGCCCUGAUGAGGUCAUGGAUGUGAUCGACGAGGGCAAAGCUAACCGUCACGUGGCUGUGACCAACAUGAAUGAGCACAGCUCCCGCAGCCACAGCAUCUUCCUGAUCAACAUCAAGCAGGAGCAUGUGGAGACUGAGCAGAAGCUGUGUGGAAAACUCUACCUGGUUGAUCUGGCUGGCAGUGAGAAGGUGAGUAAGACGGGGGCUGCAGGAGCCGUCCUGGAUGAGGCUAAAAACAUUAACAAGUCUCUGUCUGCUCUGGGAAAUGUCAUCUCUGCGUUGGCUGAGGGCACGAAAUCUCACGUGCCGUAUCGUGACAGCAAAAUGACUCGCAUCCUGCAGGACUCUCUCGGUGGCAACUGUCGCACCACCAUGUUCAUCUGCUGCUCUCCCUCCAGCUACAACGAUACUGAGACCAAGUCGACUCUGAUGUUUGGCCAACGUGCCAAGACCAUCAGGAACACCGCCUCCAUCAACCUGGAGCUGACUGCAGAGCAGUGGAAGAGGAAGUUUGAGAAGGAGAAGGAGAAGAACAAGACCCUGAAGGACACCAUCCAGAAGCUGGAGGCCGAGCUCAACCGCUGGAGGAACGGAGAAGACGUGCCUGAGACAGAGCGGACCACUUCAGAUGUGGUGAUCCGGACUGUGGAGGAGCGCCCAAUUUUGGACAACGACACCUCCUCUAUUGUGGUCCGUAUUUCCGAGGAGGAGCGUCAGAAGUACGAGGAGGAGAUCAGGAAGCUGUACAAGCACCUGGAUGACAAGGAUGAUGAGAUCAAUCUGCAGUGCCAGUUGGUGGAGAAACUGAAGCAGCAGAUGCUGGACCAGGAUGAGCUACUGGCCUCGUCCCGCGGUGACGGAGACAAGGUCCAGGCUGAGCUUGGCAGGCUGCAGGUGGAGAGUGACUGUGCCAAGGCUGAGGUGAAGGAGGUGCUUCAGGCUCUGGAGGAGCUGGCCAUCAACUAUGACCAGAAGAGCCAGGAGGUGGAGGAGAAAGGCCUGCAGAACCAGCUGCUGGCUGACCAACUGGCCCAGAAAAUGGCCAGUCUGAUGGAGCUGGAGGCAGAGCUGUCUCGUAUGCAGGAAGCGAGCAGUCAGCAGAGGAAACGUAUCGCUGAAGUCCUCAACGGCCUGAUGAGGGACCUCAGUGAGUUCAGCACCAUCGUGGGCAACGGCGAGAUCAAGCUGCCGGUGGAGAUCAGCGGCGCGAUCGAGGAGGAGUUCACGGUGGCUCGCCUCUACAUCAGCAAGAUCAAGUCGGAGGUGAAGAGCAUGGUGAAGCGCUGCCGACAGCUGGAGAUCAUGCAGCUGGAGUGCCACCGCAAGAUGGAGGAGACAGGGAGGGAGCUCUCCUCCUGCCAGCUCCUCAUCUCUCAGCAUGAGGCUAAGAUCCGCUCUCUGACGGAGUACAUGCAGAGUGUGGAGCAGAAGAAGAGGCUGCUGGAGGAGAGCCACGACUCGCUGAGUGAAGAACUGGCCAAGCUGCAAGAACAGGAUAACUCCCUGCUCGAAGGGAAGGAUGGAGAGAAGGGCGAGACUGAGGAUGGAAAUGUGAAGACUGUCCGUCAGCAGGGAGAGUCUCACCGCGGCCUCCAUCACAAGCAGCUGACCCGCCUGCGGGAUGAGAUCAAUGAGAAGCAGAGGAUCAUCGAUGAGCUCAAUGAUCGUAACUCUAAGAUGGAGCUGGAGCUGGCUCAGGUUCGAGCGGACUUUGAGCGUCUGAAGAGUCAGGACAACAGCAAGAGCGAGCGCCUGGAGGAGCUCUCAUUCCUGCAUGAACGCCAUGAGCAGACCAAACAGGACAUGAAGGGUCUGGAGGAGACUGUCGCCCGCGAACUCCAGACCCUCCACAACCUGCGCAAGCUGUUCGUUCAAGACCUCACGUCGCGGGUUAAAAAAAGUUCCGAAAUGGAGCCUGAUGAUAGCGGGGGGUCUUGCACCCAGAAGCAGAAGAUUUCCUUUCUUGAGAAUAACCUGGACCAACUUACAAAGGUUCACAAACAGCUGGUUCGUGACAAUGCAGAUCUGCGUUGUGAGCUUCCAAAGCUGGAGAAACGUCUUCGGUCUACUGCUGAGAGAGUUAAGGCCCUGGAGACUGCACUGAGGGACGCCAAGGAGGGCGCCAUGAUGGACCGCCGCCGCCAUCAGCAGGAGGUCGACCGCAUCAAGGAUACCAUAAGAGCAAAGAGCGCCCUGCGCCGCUCCCACGCAGCACAGAUCGCCAAGCCGGUGAGACCGAAGCAGCUGCCAGUUUGCUCUCCCACAAACCCGUUCUACACCUACGUCCGUGCCACUGAACAGGCCAACACAUACAGCAACGCCCUCUUCCAAGGCAGCGCGAUACAGUCAAACUCCGCCUCCGCCAUCUGCAACCCCAACUCUGUCCAGAGCAACACAGUUUCCACAGCACUGGGCUACAGAGCAGGCAGAUAUAACGGAGACACACUGGAGUCUUUCCCACUCAACAUUGACAAUGGUAACAACAUCAGUGAAACGAGAGACAUCAAUGACAACAGGAGUGAUGUUCACUGUGGCAGCGAGGUGGAUGAUUCAAACAGGCACUACGUCAUUCAGCAGGAGACGGCUGCAAGUUAAUCCCAGGAUGACGACCAAACACUGUAUCCACCCAUGGACCCUCCCCUCCCAUCUGCAUGCAGCCUGUCUCCCUAUCCCUCCACUGCAUCACUGAUGAAGACGAAGAUGAAGAUCUGUAGCCAUGUAUUCUAAUUACUAGAUGAAGCCCCCCCCCCCCCCGCUCUUAUGGUGACCACCCUCAUCCUCAGGUUUGGGAUCAAGUCCACUCCAGUUCAGUCAGUGCAAGAAACACAUGAAAUCAAAUGUUUUUAUAGUUCCAGAAUAACCACCACGAAUUUGACCACAAUUUGUCAGAAGUUGUCUGUGAUGCUGAUCAACCUCCUGAGGUGUUGGAACUGAGGUGGGGCUGACUCCAUCCCUGAACACUUGGUACACACGUUGUAAAUAAUAGUGCUGUAUACUCCAGUAGAGGUUUUCGACCAGCAACUGUUUGUGUGAGCGCACAGCCUCCACCGUCCCCUGCACACGUCUUCUUUAGGGCAUCAUGUGGACGACAUACAGUAGGCACACAUGACCUUUUCCUCAGUCAUAAAUAAGAGUAUAGUGUGUAGUGCCAGCUUGUAACUGAAGACCCACACUCUUCAUGCAUGUUAGCGGGGUUAGCUUUCAAAUUGUUGCAUGUCAUGAUUCCACUCAGGAGCUGGAAUGCUGCGUGUGAAGCGUCUGAUCGACUUCGACAGAUGCCAAACAAGGAGAGAGAGAUGGUUUCCCUUAAUCCCGAUCCUGGUGUCAGUGCUUUAAAUUUUCUAUUUUAAAAUGAAAUCCACUUCAUGCAGGGUUGUUGUGGGUGUAUCACAGGAAAUAUAAAAAAAACCCACAUCUGGGUUUACUUUUUAUCUUAGAGAGAGACAUCAGAUGCAAAAAUAUGAGGGAAACCUGGCCCAGAUUUAAUGUGCAUAGAGGAAAACUUUUGUAAUUGCUUUCAUACUGUGAUGUCACAGCUGUAUCAUGCUAUUGUACACGCCAGGUAAUGCUGCCCACAUGCAUUUAAUGUUGCUCCCUGUGCUGCAUCCCCACCUUGUGAUCUUCUUACCGAGCCUUAACAGGAGCUGGUUUCUCAUGAUCAAUUUAACAUGUGUUCAUGUGCAUUCAUUUGUAAUUGCUACCUCUGAAGCUACUUAUUACAUGCACUAUACUAAGAUAUCAUCCUUUCAAAGCAGAGGUCUUUCAGACAAGUGGCAACUUUGGUACAAAAGCUCUAUGUAGAUAUAAAUGUUCUUUUUAAAGCAGUAAAAAGGUCUCGUAUGCAGAGAUUCCUUCAUUACAAAGCAAGAUCAGAGCUGGGUAGGCACAUUGACAUAAACCCUUUACUGCAGGAGAGUCACCGGACGUCUGGGUUCAUUCAUCAGGGCAGGUCAUAUAAUGUCAAGUUCAGUGUUAAAGGAGAAAUAUACAACAUCGGUUUUCCUAUUUCCCUAAACUUUAAACUUUUGAGGCUGAAAGGACGGAAUCUGAAGCUACACUAUUGACGUGCUUCUGAAUUUUGGUUUAGGAACAUCUCAGAACCUGUUUGUGGAGGCUUUUUAGCGAUUCUGUGUGUUUUUAAUCAGAUCCAUUAGACCGAUGAUGAGAAAGUGUCUGUAAACUCGUCCCCAGCUGAGCAGCCACCAGUCUGACGUGGACGGAGAGUUUGACAGAUUGUUUGUUGUCAGAUCGUGCUGUAAUUCUUCUGUUUGAAAUCCUGACCAGCCAAUCAGGAUAGAAGAAAGCAGCGCGUUGUAGGUGGUGGGCGUGUUUGGACUGAGCAGAAUAAAAGGUCGAUUUAGAGCAGACGUGGUGUUCCUAAAUUAAAACAGCCUCUUUGUUGGACCAAAUUUAAAUAUAUUGUGAAGCUGAAUGUGCCUUCUGCAAUUAUAAAGAGCAAAAAUAUGUGUAAAUGAGAGAGAUGUAAUUUGUCUUUCCAUUAACAGCGUGUAUUUACACUUUGACCACGCUCAUCGUCUCUGAUCCAAUUAUCCUGAGUUAGAUUCAGCCUCUUUUACUAUUUGAACAUCACAAACUUUAGUUUUAUUUUCAGAACUAUUUUUGAAUGGAGACUUCAGUGUGUUACAUUGAAUGACUUGGUUGUUUCUAAUUUCACCCAGGUAUGAACUCAGAAUGCUCCUCCUCCAUCUCAUGUUCUUACUGACAUCAACAACAUCUCAGGGCUUCACAUCCACAAUCACAGUGACCACGAGACACCGCCAAUGUUUUCCUCGUCAGAUUUAAAGCUACGUGAUCUCAGAUGAACAAUCAGCUCAGUGUGUGUUCUUAAACAACAGAACAGGAUGAUGACUCUUAUAGAAAUAUUAUCAUUUCAGACAAACACUACGUAACAUCUCCAUUCUGGCUCAUGACACCCUAAAUGAAACAAUCCCUCAGCAGCACCCUGGUCAGACCCUACUGUGCGUGUCCAAGCAGACCCUCUAUUUGACAUCAUGUUUUAAGUGUAAUAAAUAAUUUAAAUGGAGGGAGAAUGUGUACUAUAUUGUCACCUGCUGUCCCACUGUCUGAUUUCAACAUAUCUAAAAAUGUAUGUGCUAUAUAUUGUUAAUCUUGUAAGUAAAGUAGCGUGCCAUGACAUAGUGAAACGCAAAGGAAAGGUACGCGCUAACUUGUUCAGAGAAAUGUUUGUUUUAUUUAUUUCUGUAUGCCAAUACUGUAGCGUCGACAUGAAUCACCGUGCAAAAUCUCUGUAUAUAUAGACUCAUCACUAUGCUGUACUGUCUGUGAACCAUUGUGUUGUAGUAAAAAGUUCAAUAAACUUGUAGAAA